GGGAGGGGGCACCCUCAGCACCCCCUAUUUUUGGGAAGGAGCCGCUGCGGGGGCGCCGUAGCUGGGAUUGGGGGUGGGUGUUGGGGGGGGGGCGCAUUCCCGCAUCCCCCAUCCCCCCGGGAAGGCGGUGCGGGAGCGGCCGCCCAUCCCUCGCCCCCCCUGCGCCAUCCCCACUCCUCCUCCUUCCUCCUCCUCCUCCUCCUCCUCCUCCCGCUCCGUCACCGCGGGGGCCAGGCCUGAGCUUCAUCGUCAUCGUCAUCAUCUUCCUCUGUGUGGUUCCCCCCCCAUCCACCCACCCAUCCAUCCCAAAAUCCCGCCGAGCCCGGCGCUUCCAUGGUGCGGGAAGGCGGCAUGGCCCGGACCCCCUACAGCUCCACGCAGGACAUCCAGAUGGACGUCUUGGACAACGCCGCGCUCCAGGGCAAGUACAGCAGGCGCAAGAGCCGCUUCAAGCGCUCGGACGGCAGCACCUCCUCCGACACCACCUCCAACAGCUUCGUCCGGCAGGGCUCGGCUGAGUCCUACACCAGCCGCCCCUCGGACUCGGAUGUGUCGCUGGAGGAGGACCGGGAGGCGCUGCGCAAGGAGGCCGAGCGCCAGGCCAUGGCUCAGCUGGAGAAAGCCAAGACGAAGCCGGUGGCGUUCGCCGUGCGCACCAACGUGGGCUACAACCCUUCGGCCGGGGACGACGUGCCCGUGCAGGGCAUGGCCAUCUGCUUCGAGCCCAAGGACUUCCUGCACAUCAAGGAGAAGUACAACAACGACUGGUGGAUCGGGCGGCUGGUGAAGGAGGGCUGCGAGGUGGGCUUCAUCCCCAGCCCCGUCAAGCUGGAGAACAUGCGGCUGCUGCAGGAGCAGAAGAUGAGGCAGAACCGCCUGAGCUCGAGCAAAUCGGGUGACAACUCCAGCUCCAGCCUGGGCGAUGUGGUGACGGGGACCCGCCGGCCCACCCCCCCUGCCAGCGGUGGCCUGGACAUGCCUAGCUUUGCCUUUGACCCCGAUGAGUUAGAGGAGGAGGAGGCCGUGGAGACGCCGCGCUCCCCUAAGAGUAGCGUGAGCAGCGUCACCACCCCCCCCGCCCACAGCAAGCGCAUCCCCUUCUUUAGGAAGACCGAGCACGUGCCCCCGUACGACGUGGUGCCCUCCAUGCGCCCCAUCAUCCUCGUGGGGCCCUCGCUGAAGGGCUAUGAGGUGACGGACAUGAUGCAGAAGGCGCUGUUCGACUUCCUGAAGCAUCGCUUCGAUGGCCGGAUCUCCAUCACGCGGGUCACAGCCGACAUCUCCCUGGCCAAGCGCUCCGUGCUCAACAACCCCAGCAAGCACACCAUCAUCGAGCGCUCCAGCACCCGCUCCAGCCUGGCCGAGGUCCAGAGCGAGACCGAGCGCAUCUUCGAGCUGGCCCGGACGCUGCAGUUGGUGGCCCUGGACGCCGACACCAUCAACCACCCGGCGCAGCUGGCCAAGACCUCGCUGGCGCCCAUCAUCGUCUACAUCAAAAUCGCCUCCCCCAAGGUGCUGCAGCGGCUGGUGAAGUCCAGGGGGAAGUCCCAGGCCAAGCACCUCAACGUGCAGAUGGUGGCCUCGGACAAGCUGGCACAGUGCCCACCUGAGAUGUUCGACAUCGUGCUGGACGAGAACCAGCUGGAGGAGGCCUGCGAGCACCUGGCCGAGUACCUGGAGGCCUACUGGAAGGCCACGCACCCGCCCAGCAGCAACCCCCCGAACCCGCUGCUGAACCGCACCAUGGCCACGGCCGCGCUGGCCGCCAGCCCCGCGCCCGUCUCCAACCUCCAGGCUCCGUACCCGGAGGGGGAGCACGGCCGCCUCCGGCAGGGCCCGGGGGACUCGGGGGGCCGCGGGCAGGGCAGGGCCCCCCCGCCGCCCGCCCGCCCGGGCCCCCCCCGCAGCCUGGCCCGCCAGGACACCUUCGACUCCGAGGCUCCGGGCAGCUGGGACUCGGCCGGCACGGAGCCCGGCGAUUCCUGCUGCAUGGACAUCGAGAUGGACCCCGUCGAGGAGGAGCCGCCGGGCACCCCCGGGGCCGCCCCCCAGCGCCCCCCCGGCUCCUGGGACGGGGCCGAGCCCGGGCGGGAGGGCCGGGGGCUGCGGGGCCGAGCCAAGGGCCAGGAGCCCCUGGGCCAGAGUGACGGGGAGGGCUGGGGCCGGGACGUUUACAUGCGUUAGGAUGAGGGGGUGCGGGCGGGGGGCCCCCCCCACCCAGCGCUGGUUUUGGGGUGCGGGACAGCCCCGCUGGUUGCCUUUGUGCCCCCCCGAGCCCGGCCAGCAGUGCCGCGGGGAGCCCCCGCCGUGCCCUGGGGGCUCCCCCUGCCCCGCUCUUUGCUGAGUGGGGGGGGGGUCUCCCCCUGCCGCAGCCCCCCAGCAUCUCGCGGUGCCUCGGGGCCUCCCUGCCCGGCAGGGACAGCAAGUGACCAAAGGGGACCCGGCGUGUCCCCGUCCCCCCAGGCGCGGGGUGGGGGCCGUGCCCCCCUCCCCAGCCCUGCCCGCCGGGUGCCCCCCGUUUCUCCAUGGUGCUCUCGGCCACCCGGCUGCGGGGACCCCCGGAGCUGGCCGUGGCGGUGGGAGGGGGGGGGGUCCCUGCCAGCUGCCCCCCACCCCAGCAGUGCCUGGCACGGCCCCCAGAGCCCCCGGCCCUGCCGGGGGGGUGCAUGCGUGUGCGGUGUGUGCGGGGCUCUGGGGGCUCCCCGCUGCCCCAGGCUGUGCCCCCCGAGGUGCUGCCUGCCCGAGGGGGGUGGGGGGGGGGGUCUGCAUGUGUUUGCCUUGGAGGGGCUCUGCCUGAAUUGGGGGGGUGGGGGGGGGGAGUGAAUCUGAGCCAGUUUUGGGGGUCUAACCUGUGCUAACAGCUGCCCAGCCCUGGCCUGCCGGGGGGGGUCCCGCUGUCCUGGCACCGCCAGGCCCCGGCCCCCCUUUCCCCAGCCCCCCUCCCUUCCCGUUCCAACCCCCCCGCCGUGCCUGUCCACGCUCGCCCUGUCCAGCCGUGUCCGUCUGUCCGUCUGUCCGUGAGCCUCUGUCCCCCCCCCCCCCCGCACCCCGGGGCACUGCCUUGUCCUGUGCCCGCCCCGGGGCGUUCCCUGUGCCCCUCAGCUCGGCGGGGUGACCACACCAGGGUGGCCUGGGGACACCCCAAGUCCAGCCCUCACCGCGGGACGGGGCUUGUCCCACUGGUGGGGCGGCCCCUUGCCCCCCCACCCCCACCCCUGGGGGCAAUGCUGGGGGUCCCCGGGGUCACUGCCUUACCCAGACCACCAGCCCGGGUCGGGGGGCUUGGGGGCACCCAGCUCUGCCGCUGCCAAGCCGCCACCCACGUGUGCCUCAGUUUCCCCCUUUUUUUUGGGGGGGUGGGGGGGGGGGGACUCGGUGUCACUGCCUGCCAAGUGCUUUGAGCCCCCCCUGCCCCAGUGCUCGCUCCCGUGGCGGCCAAAAUCUGGGCAGUGGGGCCCCCCCCGGCCCCCCCGCGGGGCAGAGGGACGUCCCGUAUUUAUGUCACUUCACAAACUUUUAAUUUAAAGACCCGACAAAAAAUGUAUUUUAUUUAUUUAUUCUCGUUGGCGUGUGUGUGUGUGUCGGGGGGGGGGAACUCGCCCCGCUCGCUUGGUUCUUUGUAAUAAACAUUUCGGUGAGACCUGC